AUGAAUAUGGCGAACCAGCUGAAAAAGGUGCGUGUGUUCGACCCGGACAGCCCCGAGGUGAACGGAGUGGUGCGAUGCGCGGAACCGCGCGACGUGGAACGCCGUCAGGCCUUGACCUUUGUGCCGGACCUUCUCACGAAUCCCUCCGCGGGAGUGUAUGACCUACGGACACGUGUGGUGCUGGACAGAGAGGGUCCCCAGGUCGAGGACGGCAAGGAGUUUAUCCGCCUCAUCUGCUGGGAUGGAAAUCAGCAAUCGGAGGCCGCCCGACAGUAUGGCCGCAGUCCUAGCUUCACCGCAACCAUGACCGCAACACUCACAAUUCGAGAUAUAAAUGACAAUGCACCCAUCUUCUCUCGAUCGAUUUAUCAUAUUGAGACUCCUGAGAACAACUUGCUGGGAGCAAAGAUAUUUCAGGUUAGUGCUCAUGAUGCGGACAGCGGUGCGAACAGCGAGAUUAUCUACUCCCUGUUGGAUCAUGCCAACUUCCGAGUGGAUCCAGUGUCCGGCUGGAUAACGGCCUCUGUGGAGUUUGAUCGGGAGAAGCGGGACUCCUACCAGGUUAGCGUCUUCUUACUUCGCACCAUCGUCCUAUUUGAAUUGAUUAAAAUGAACAUUAAAGGCAGGCCUAGGAAAUGUUAUGAUCGUCGGACACAUGGACUUCAAAUUGAAAUUCCUGCCUUGAUGUUUCGAUCAUGGCAAGCGAUGAUGUUGACUACGUGCUCCACGGAGUCGUUGCAAGACAAAAACAUCACCAUCCCUGCUCUUGGGCCUAUGGUGGGCAUAAUCGAAAUCGAUGGUCGAAUAAUCACCGCAAAUGAGGUAACCAUCGUGGCGUCAGACAAGGGUGAGCCGCGAAGAAGCAGUUCAGUGCUUCUGAAUUUGACAAUAACCGACGUCAACGACAACGUGCCUUUCCUACUCCCCUGCGGAGAGGCCAAUAUGGACGGGAGCAGCGACAAAUCCCUCCCCAGCCUCCGUCGAGGCAAUACGUUUACCGUUCUGGAGAACGCUCCGGUGGGCACCUUUGUUGGCCAGCUGAUGGCUGAGGAUGCAGACAGUGGACGCAACGGCGAAAUCACCUUCCGCCUGUUGCGACGGCAUGGGCUGGCUGCAGCCGCUAGAUUUGAACUUCUGGCCAAUGGGUCCAUGUUCACGGUUCUGCCGUUGGACAGAGAAGAGACGGUAAGUCCAUUAUAA